CCCGCUCGCGACCACCGACCGGCACCUCAACGGCUCCGCGACCUCGUUCGAUACCUCUACUGCUCGCCAUGUCCGGACCCCAGGCCUACACCGCUGCUCACCGGCUCUACGUCAAGUCGCUGUACCGGCGCUACCUUACAAACGCGCUCAACUGGUACAUCCGGCGAGACCUCUGGCGCCAGAAGGCCAUCGAGAUCCGCGCCGAGUUUGAGCGUAACCGCAACAUCACGGACCCUCGUGCACUCGCCAUUGUCCUUGAGCAGGCCGAGGCCCGUCUUGCGAAGGAGGCCCACCCCGACCCCUACCGGCCACCGCUCUUCCCCGACGGCACGAAGUGGGAGCGCAACAUCCCCCCCAAGAUGUUCGGGGACGCCGCCCACCACCACUAGACAAAAGGCAUUAUUUUGUAUCAACAAUGGGGAAUGCAUAGCGUAGCAAGACCCCCGUUGCAGUCACAUAUACAGUUUCUUGGCGAACUUCUGGUUCAAAUCGUCCAUGUUGGCGCGAACGCGGCGUGUUUCGAUAUCGGGCGUCUCGGGCGUGACUGGC